AGGUCGUCUGGAUCCGAGUCCGGGAUUGGCGGGUGUGACGCAACGUGUGACCGUGACAACGCGCGCAUGUCACGUUCUGUGCCCCGCAAUCGCGGCGGGUCGCCCUGGGUCGCCAAGUAACUUGAAGCUGUGCUCUCGAUUCUGUUGCAAUUCUCUCAAUUGUUCCUCGAAAGCAUCCAUCCUGAACACCCAGAACAACACCCCAGUCGAUAGGCACGAUGACUGAGCAAGCAGAGCUGGCGUUCGCAAAGACGUUCGUCAACAACCUCUCCUCGCAGCCCAUCACGUACGCGGACAGCUUCCAACAGCCUCCCGAGAGGUCACUGAAGAAGAUCCCGGUGCUACCGGUAGAACUGCCUCCUCUUCCUGAACGCAAGGUGUCACAAGCUACGCCCACAGGCUCCUUGAGCAUCACCUUCAAGUCUAUCAAGCCCGCGAAGAGUUACACGCUCUCCGUACAGCCCACCGACACCGUCUCAGGCAUCAAGGCGCAGCUUGCGUCAGAACUCGGUGCACCGCCCUCGGACGCGCAGAGACUACUUCUGAAGGGCAAGGCUCUCGCAGACAGCAAGCUCCUUCAGGAAUACAGCAUCAAGGACGGGGACACCGUCACGCUCAUGGUCAAGCCCGGCUUCGAUUGGGAUCCAUCGAAGAUGUCUACGCCAGCACCCGUCGCCGCGCCUGCGCCACAGAAGGCGGAGGGAGGGUCCAUCACGUUGCUUCCGGAGCAGCCUUCGCGGACCCGUGGAGGACACGGGCGUACGCCUUCUAUCGUUCUCUCGCCAUCCCCGUCAAUAUCGCCGUCGCCGGGAGAGAGGCUGGUCGACAUACCCCUCGUACUGGAUACGACCAACAUACCCGAGCCGUCCCAAUCUGGCGCGGCGAACACGCCGUACCACACGACCAUCUCGAAGCCUGCUUUCUGGGAGCAUCUGUAUGCCUUCCUGAAGUCCGAGUUCCCGAACGGCAGCGACGCGGCGCAGGCUUGGGAGGACUUCUUCUGCGCGAGCAAGGGCUCUUUGACUGUUUCUGAGAUCGCAAUGAUCCGUGAUAAUGUCGGUGUGACCGGCAUGGCAGGCAGUUGAGUUCAGGUUCGGGGGUCAUUCAUUUGUAAUUGUCAAGGGCUUCAUGGUCAUACCUCACGGAUAAUGCUGCAAUGGACUUUCGGAUGCGUUGUUGAUCUUUCAAGCUCUUCGAUGGUAUUUCCGGCUACAUACCGCGCUAUCCCUUGCUCCCAUAACAAAGCUCUUUCAGGUUGAA